UUUGCUGCCGCGGAGCCUGAGCCAUGAACAGGGCGCUCGCAGACCCUGUGGUCAGUAGCUUCAGAGAAGAUGCCCCUCGCCCCCCGGUCCCGGGGGAAGAGGGAGAGGUGCGAUGCCGCGACCCGAGCAAGCUGGCCGUGAUGAGAGCCAAAGAGGCGGCUAGGACCCUCCCUCCGACCGGCUCUUCAGCGCGGAGGGGCGAGGAGGGUCUCGGGGAGCCCGAGGGCAGCGCCUCUCCGGACUCGCCGCUCGCGCGCUGGACCAAGUCGCUGCACUCGCUCCUCGGAGACCAGGACGGCGCGCAGCUCUUCCGCGCCUUCCUGGAGCGCGAGAAAUGUGUGGACACGCUGGACUUCUGGUUCGCCUGCAACGGCUUCAGGCAGAUGGACCUCAAGGAGAGCAAGACGCUGCGCGUGGCCAAAGCCAUUUACAAGCGCUACGUGGAGAGCAGCGGCGUGGUGGCCAAGCAGCUCAAGCCGGCCACCAAGACGUUCAUUAGGGACAACAUCAAGCGGCAGCAGAUCGACUCGGCCAUGUUCGACCAGGCUCAGACGGAGAUCCAGACGAGCAUGGAGGAGAACGCCUACCAGAUGUUCCUCACCUCCGACAUAUACCUCGAGUACGUGCGGAGCGGCUGCGAGAACGCCACGCACGUCAGCGCCAGCGCGCUGGCCGGUCUCAAGCUGGUCUGCGGCUACCUGCCCACGCUCAACGAAGAGGAAGAGUGGAGUUGUAACGAGUUUAAAGCCAAAGCUCUGGCCGUGGUUGGACUAUCUGCUAAAGCGCUGCGGUCAGCUCCUUCGCUGAGGACAGUGGAAGUUUUGGAGAAAGGCUACAGGUCAUACAGACGUGUCGAUCCAGCCAACCCAUACCAUGUGGCCUCUGGCUGCAGCUUUGCCCCCGCCACCAGUGCCAAUGACAGCGAAAUUUCCAGCGAUGCCAUGACAGAUGAUUCCAUGUCCAUGACCGACAGCAGUGUCGAUGGGAUCCCUCCAUACAAACUGGCCAGCAAGAAACAGCUUCAGCGGGAGAUGCAUCGGAACAUGAGGAUGAACGGCCAGGUCUCUCUACCUCCCUUCCCUAGGACACGGCGGCCACCUAAGGAGAUGACCCCGGUGGAUCCGGCAGCAUUUGCCGCCCAGCUGAUCGCAAGGCUGGAGAGGCUAAAGAGAGAGCAGGAGACCAUGAGCUCACUAGAAGAGAGGCUGCAACAGAUUCAGGAGGAAGAAGAGCAUGAGGAGUCAGAUAUCUCCAGCAGUGGUGGUGGUGCCUCUUCCUCCCAGCAUUGCUCCCACCCUCUCCCCUUGCUCACCCCAGGUUCCUGUGAGGAGGACCCGCAGGCCAUCCUGGACGAGCACCUCUCCCGGGUACUCAAAACUCCCGGGUGUCAGUCUCCUGGCGUGCCCCGCCACUCUCCCCGGUCUCGCUCACCCGAGCUACGGCCCUUGCCCCGGGGAGGACCAGGCUUGCCGCGCCCCUUGGGUGGCUCAGUGCCGGGCAGUUACCUGCCUGGCCGGGCAUUUGUGUCUCGGCCAUCCACCAAGCACGUCCAUCACCACUACAUCCACCACCACUCCACGCUGAAGAGCAAGGAGCAGAUCGAGGCUGAGGCAGCCCAGCGGGUGCAGUGCCUGUGCCCUGGGGUGUCCGAAUGCUGUCCCUCACCUUAUACGCGCAGUCGCAGCCUGGGCCGUGAGCAGGGCAGCAGCCCAACUGAAGGGACAAUAGGAUGCUCCAAUGCUUUGUCCAAACGUCUGUGCAAGUCAGGCGAGGAAGUAAACAGUGAAGGUAUGGAGGCCGGCAACCUUCAGUUGCCUACAGACAGCGCUGACCGCUCGCAGAACGUCUGGCAGUGGAUCUUGGAAAGUGACCGACAGGCCAAGCACAAGCCCCACAGCACUCAGAGCACAAAAAAACUAUAUGGUCCUGACUCAGUGCGCACCCAUACCUGGGGUGGUGGGGGCAGCAGCGGGCACCUCCGUACUCACCAGCCUGCUCACCCCUUUGUCCAGGACCCAGCCAUGCCUCCUCUUCCUCCGCCUAAUACCCUAGCCCAGCUGGAGGAGGCCUGUAGGCGCCUGGAGGAAGUCUCCAAACCACCUAAACAGAGGCAUUCGACCCAAGGCCUUCAAAGAGACAAGAGCCACACAGUGCCUGUCCAAAAUGGAGCUGCCUCUCUCCUGAGCCAGGGCCCUCAAACCGAGGACCCAAAAGAGCCAAAGAAGCAGUCUGGCAGCCAUGCCGCCACCAGCUCAGAGACGGUGGUCACUUACUUCUUCUGCGGUGAGGAAAUCCCCUACCGACGCAUGAUGAAGACGCACAGCCUCACCCUCGGCCACUUCAAAGAGCAGCUCCGCAAAAAAGGCAACUACAGGUACUACUUCAAGAAGGCCAGCGACGAGUUUGAAUGCGGGGCCGUGUUUGAGGAAGUAUGGGAUGAUGGUACCAUUCUUCCCAUGUAUGAGGGCAAGAUCCUGGGAAAAGUGGAGCGAAUGGACUGAACACUGUGCCGUCUGCUAGCUCCAGUCGAUGUAGAAACAACCCUCCGUACACCACACGAGGCCAACGAGCGAAGAAACUGACUUCUUGUCAGCGUGUUUUCAAAGCUAAAGAAAUGUUAAUAUAUCCACUAGACAUUUUUGUUUUGUUUUGGCUCACCAAGCUAUUGAAGGAAUACUAGCCAAUGAAGUAUGCCUAUUGGUGGAGGACUCCGGCAAUGCAGCCUGGGAGAUCUGGCACCAUUCCUAGCAAUUGGAACACUUAAGAGACGCUACAAGUAUGACCACUGUCUGAAGAUGCGGGUGACUGUUUUUUUUUUUGUUGUUUUUUUUUUUAUCCUUUUUUUUCCAGAGGGACUACAAUGCACCGAAGCUGGUGCUCCCCGCACCAUGGACUGCUGACCAACAUUUAGUUGUGCUAAUUGUAGCUGUUUGCAAGCGUGUGCAUGUGGGUGUGCGUGUGUGAGUGUGUAUGCAGAGGUGCUUAUAUGUGCACGUUAUAAUAUGCUUUGGUCUUAAGUAAAAGGACUAUUAAUAUUUAUUAAACCGUCAUUUCCCUCCUGCCCCAUGUCCAGCUGAUGGACAAGCUGCUUAGUUGAAUUGGGAGAUCUUUCCAAUGUAACUCAUGCAUGGACACAAGUCUAUUUAGAGUUCCCCCUUCUUAACUAAAUGGACUAUGCCAGGAGUCUCAGUGCCAGUCGGUGCGGAUAUGACUUCUUUUCUGGACCCCGUCACUCCUCUCAAAGCUGUGGUGGUGACCUGUAACAUUUUCUCUGUAAUGCAUCAUAGUGCCUUUGAGUUUCUGAUCCCAGGCAUUGCACAGGAUUGAACCGCUUUGCCCUGGUGUCUCAAGAAAAACCUAAAACAAAACAGAAAAAGAAAGACAAGGAUUAUUAUAUUGCAACGCCGAUCUCUUAUUCUCACUGAGCAGCAGCCCCCAAAAUUGUGGCCUACCUUCAUUUCACCACUGUCUUUAUAACGGAAUGAGCCGGAUGCGCAGAAAUGGAUUGUGUCCAGUACAGAAGUCCUAUCCACACUGACGGGAGUGCACUUGCCAUACAGAGGCACAGAGCUCCUGGACAGGGCGUAGUUAUGCAUUGGCGUCAGCAGAGGAGUGUACACUAAUGCUAGUGUUUUAGACUGCAGUACCUGUGCCUACAUGGAUACCAUGCCGUGUGCUGCCCUGCUUCAGGGUGUAAUAUUCCCUUGCUUUUCUAAAGGGGUUUAUGUUUCAAAGAUUUUUUUUAUGCUUUGGAUAUCUUGUAAUCAUGAUAUUCUGGGUUUUUUCCAAGGCUUUUUUUUUUUUCUGUUCCACUUAAAUGUAAAUUAUGCAUUAUAUAGAGCAUCAUUUUAAAGAUGACUUGGUACUUUAAUUAUUGUAAUUAUGAAGAGA